AUGCGUGAAGCUUUCCCAAGUCUUCCAUUUGAUCACAUUACCGACGAGAAGCUGCUACUGUCGACGGGCCGGCCGCCGCUGGCGCUGGCACCGACGGCGACGGCCCACGCGGACCCCCAGGACCGGAAGCUGACGAUCAUCGGUGGAAAGAUAAUAAUUAAUCGUGAGGGUGGCACAAUCCGGCACCGAACAUUGGUGGAUAACGACGGCGGUCGCGACCGGCACAAGAAGAAUGCUGUACUUGAUACUGACGACCCAGCACAAAGCCACGCUGGCCAUCUGCCAGCACCAGUCCACUCGCCAGCAGCAGCAGCAGCAGCAUCAACCACGGCCACGGCCACGGCUUCCACGGUGGCGGCGGCGGCUGCCAGCUCCUCCGCUCAGCACGUGGCUGCGUCAGCGGCGGCCGCCGCAACGGCUACGUUCUCGACGACCGCGGCCACCAUCUCGAACGCGGCCACCGGUGGCGGCGCCGGCGGAGGCGGCGCCGGCGGUGGCAGCAGCGGUGGCGGCACACUAGUGGCGGCCGCCGUCACGGUGCCCUUCUCGGGCGAGCUGGAGGAGCUGCAGAACAUACUGCACUUCCCGGAGGAGGUGGCCCUCCGCAUCACCGACAUGGAGUACCAGCUAUUCUACCAGGUAUCGCCGGUGGAUUUUAUCAACGAUGCCAUUUAUGAGCUGCAGAAGGAACGGUGGCGUGGCGGCGGCGGAGGCAGCGGAAGCGACGGCGGCGGUGGCAGUGGUGCGCCGCACCUCAAGUCACCCUUUAGUAGCUUUACAUCGUCACUGAGUCCCAUACGCAAACGAUUCGAUGAGACCAGCGCGUGGACCAACUAUAUUGUCCUCUCACAAGGUACACAAGACGAACGAAAAGCGGCCUUUGCAUGUCUGUUGCGUGUUGCUAUUUCAUGCUGGAACAUCGGAAACUUCAAUGGUGCUAAAGAGAUAGUGGAUGGUCUAAAAUCAAUCAAAAAGGAAGCAUUCUGGACGUCGGCCACGGAUCGAACGGGACGGAACACGGUGUACGAGUUUCUGACGACCGUGUUCGACAGCCUCGAGUACGAGAAUGCCGUCACGAGGGCACUGGGUAUCGCCACGUGUCGCAUGAUACCGUACUUCCGGAAUCACGUCGAUGAAAUCAAAACCCUGCUCCGGACCGUGCCCCAGCAGCAGCAGCAGUCGGCCGCCGGUGGCGAGCCCGGAAGUGAGCAUCCGGUCAGUGAGAAGUACUUUCUCGGGGACUGCAAGCCACCGUUGCCGUUGCGCGAGGAUGAAGAGUUCGUGGCCCGUUUGUUGUCGCUCGAGCUUCCGAUUGACGUGCGUCCACGGACACCGGUCCCAGCGGUGGAGUCGGACGACGCUUCGGACGAACGCCGGACGCCGGAUGGCGAUGACGAGGAGCUGGUGGCUCAGAUCCGCGCCCGUACCGACUCGAGCGUCGGCAGACUGGCGGCCUUCAUCGAGCACCACGAUCAGCUGUGCCGGGAGCUACCGCACAGCCUACUGGAGUACCUACGGGCGGCGGCCAACAGUCCGCGCCAAACGAAAACCCCAAUCUACCAGCCGUCGAACCUGCAGGAACAGGAGGAGGACUACGAGGUCGAGAUCGGCAACUACAACCCGGUGCAGCCGCUGUUCUACGAUCACGGCAUCAGCAUCAUCCCGCUGGCGUCGACCAAAACCAACGCCAUCGAUCACCACGUACUGCAGAUUCUGCACCACGGGACCACGUGCGUGCUGUGGGACACGGAGACCCCGUCGGACCGGUCGUCCUACGUGUACCUGCGGCUCGAGCGCUCCUGUUCGUACGUUUCGUGGCAGAAAACGGCCUGGCGGCGGAUCAAAUCGCAGCAGGACUUUAGCCUUAACGUGAACCCGGAGGAGAUUGUGGCGUGGAAGUUCGCCAAUCGCUAUGCAUCGAACAUCGGCGAGCUGGAGGCGGGCCCGCAGUGCCAGAACCUGGACGAGGGCGGGCUCGAUCUCGGCACGAUCAAGGAGAUCAACAUGGGCUCCCGGAACCACGAGUACGACGCGGAGAUACUGGCCGCCGGUAAGCGCUUCGGUCUCACGCACGUCGAGUGCUGCGUCACGCUGCUGUACGGCAGCUCGGCCAGCGAGAACCGGAUCCUGUGCAUCCUCUGCCCGCCGAUGCUGUGCCGGGCGUGGUACGUCGGGUUGAACUGGAUGCUGCGCGGUAUCCGCCGGCAGCAGAUCCUCAUCGACCGGUCGAUGCUGUGGCUGAAGGAGCUCUACAUCCAGCUGUACCUUGACGAGGGCGCUUGCAGUGAGCCGACCGUGGCCGACGCAAUCAAAGCAUUCGGCGGGCGCUGUUAUGGGCUGUCCUCGAUCAAAUCGUCUUCUGGGACGCAGCUCAACGAUACGGGUGACCAACAGUCGUCGGCGGCGGCGGCGGCCGCGGCGUCCUCCGCCUCCAAGAAGGACUCGUCGAUCACCAAGAUGCGCAAGAAGCGCUCGGUCGUUAACCUGCUGAACCAGGCCAACCAGACGGGCGGCGGCGGAAGUGGCACCGGCAGUGGCAGCGGAGGUGAUACGACACCGUCCGACUCGAUGCUGCUGGACACGCGCGUCGACUACCGGACGCGCUCGAUCGAGCGGCGCACGCGCGAACGGAACGGCUCGAACGAUCAGCUGUGGCAGAACGUGAAGCACCUCCGGAUCGGCUCAGUUACCUACGAUACUCAAUUAGAUUUUUUAAGCUUUGUAUCACUCUAUCGAUCGUUUAGUUUAAUUGCCCGGCAAGAUCUGCGUGAUAUUUUCGACCAACUCUCGGUGACGACCAUCUCGAGGACGGCGCUGAACGGCGAAAAGAGUCGCAGCGCCCCGGAACUGUCGGAGGCGAUGGUGAAACGAAAAAUCGGUCUGCUGACGCGCAACUGUUCGCUGGACAUGGACCUGACGGAGGCGAAGCACACGCAGAAGCGGUACUUCGAUGCGAUAGCGGCGUCAAGCAUCGCGCACAUUGCCACCGGCUCGAGCAGCGACUUCCUGUCCUGCAGCAACAAGGUCAUCACGAUAUCGACGCUAAAAAAGUUCCUCGAAACCCGCCAGAUGGAAAUCAAAACGGAUGAGGAUGUGAAAGCCAUUAUACAGCGCCACGAACCGGAGGCUGCGCAUCGCAUCGAGAACUGUCUGAGCUUCGAGGGGUUCGCCCGGUACAUGAUCGACAAGGACAACUACGCGUUCCUGAGCGAGAUUAUGCCGGAAAGCACCUACAUGAACCUGCCCCUGUCGCACUACUACAUUGCGUCCUCGCACAACACGUACCUGACCGGGCACCAGCUUAAGGGCGAAAGUUCGGUCGAGCUGUACAGCCAGGUGUUGUUAACAGGCGCACGGUGCGUGGAGCUCGACUGCUGGGACGGCGACGACGGGACGCCGGUCAUCUACCAUGGGCACACGUUCACCACGAAGAUUCCGUUCCGGGCCGUCGUAGAAGCAAUAAAUAAAUCUGCCUUCAUCCAAUCUUCCUACCCCGUGAUACUAUCCAUCGAGAACCACUGCUCGGUGCAGCAGCAGCAGCGGAUGGCCAACAUAUUCCAGGCAAUCUUCGGCGAGAAGCUGGUGACCAACUUCAUGUUCGAUCAGGACUACAGCGACGAACCGUACCUGCCGUCGCCGCUGGCGCUGAAGCACAAGAUUUUGAUCAAAAACAAGAAGCUCAUCGUCGAAAUACCGGCCACCUUAUCAACCGGACUGUCACGACAGAAUACGUUCAAACAAUCGAAUUUAUCCAGCAGAGCCAGUUCAAUUAUAUCCAACACUAGCGGUAGUUCGCUGAACGAAGAGUUUAGCGAUGACGAGUACGAGGAUGACGACGAUUUUGACAAUAUUGAUGAAAAAACAUAUCACACAACUUGGGGAUCAAUAGAAGAUAAGUAUAGGCAUAGCGUGUGUCACUCCAACAUCACACCGACGAAGACGAAGGCCGACCAGGACGAGCGAUCCCGCAAGCGCAGCAACCAGAUUGCUCGCGAGCUGUCCGAUCUGGUGAUCUACGUGCAAGCAAUAAAGUUCCGCGGCCUGAACGCCUACAGCCCGCACAACUCAAUACGUGCCAACCCGAAGCAGCAGCAGCAGCAGCAGCAGCAGGUCCAGCCGAGUCAGGCGCCGCAGCAGCCACAGUCCGCCACAGACCGGGGCCAAUCGACGGCGCAGCAAAGUGUGCUCAAGUCGAGCGGUUCCGUCGUGACGGUUGGAAGCAUCCUGAAGAACAGCUCGGGCGAUACGCUCAGCUUGCCGUCGUCGAGCCACCUGUCGGACAGCUUGUCGCUGAGCUACGAUGCGGCCAGCAUCAGUGGCAGCGAGUCACACCUGCCGCCACCGUCGUCGUCCGCGAACUGCGCGGCCCGCCAGCGCACCAUGGCCAACGCGAACCACCCGUGCUACCAGUGUUCGUCGAUCAACGAGGCGAGCGCCAAGAAGCUGUGCCGCAAGGAUCCGCUGGGGCUGCUGGCGCACACCGAGUCGCAGCUGAUGCGCACGUACCCGGCCGGGUUGCGGAUCGACUCGUCCAACUUCAAUCCGGUGUUCUUUUGGUCGUUCGGCAUCCAGAUGGUGGCGCUCAACUACCAGACCGAGGACAUUCCGAUGCACAUCAACAAGGCGAUGUUCGAGGAGAACAACAGCUGCGGGUACGUGCGCAAGGCGGACGUCCUCUGGAACCGGUCGCACCUGAUGUACCGUCGGUUUAGCCCGCUCGAGAAGGAGUUCGACGGUCUGCACGUGACGCAGCUCGUGCUGAACAUCGUGUCGGGCCAGUACCUCAACCAGGCCGGCCUGUACUCGAGCACCUUCGUCGAGGUCGAGCUGCUCGGCAUUCCGGUCGACUGUGGGAAGCGCAAGACGAAGACGAUCCGCAAGAACUCGUUCAAUCCGCUAUGGAACGAAACGUUCUACUUCAAGAUCAUGUUCCACGAUCUGGCGUUCGUGAAGUUCAGCGUGUACGAGGCCGAAUCGGGUCUGGUCAUUGCGCAGCGCGUCAUCUCGCUCAAGUGCAUCCGGCCCGGUUACCGGCACGUGCGGUUGCGCUCCCCGACCAACCAGCCGCUCAACAUGGCCUCACUGUUCGUGUACACGCGGGUCGAGGAGGAAAGUCUCGAUCGGUCGUACGACGAGAUCGACGAACAGUACGUGCUGCAGCGGAUCGAUAAGAGCCGCGCGGCCGUUGACCGCGACCCGGGAGAGGUGCCGGCGGUCCUGUUCGGCUCGAGCCGACUGGACGUGUCGGGCGCGAGUCGCGAACCGAAGGUCCCGCAGCUGAAGCGGAAAAUGUUUUUUCUCACCGUGUACGACGUGGUGCCGGACAAGCCGUACACGAUCCUGAAGAUCACCCAGGAAAGCACCACGAAGGACGUGCUGACGCAGGCGAUGGCGAAGAUGAACAAGUCGACGGCGGACAUGUCCAACUUUAUCCUCAUCGAGGAAGUGUACCGGGGCUGGGAGAAGAAGGACCGGUUGCUGCCACCGAGCCAGCGGGUGCUGGACCCGACCGAGAAGCCCCUGCAGGCGCAGGGCCACUGGAAGGGCGAGGGUCGCUUCAUCCUCAAGCGGAUCGGCAACGAUCCGAGCAGCCGCGCCUGGGUGACGUCCAUCCGGCGGACCACCGAUCGGCGCGCCUCGAUCGCCGCCGCGUCCCUGGUGACGGGCGGCGCUGGCCCGGGUGCUGUUGGCAAAGAAGCGACCGCCGACGAUCUGCUGGCACUGGAAAACCUGGACAACUUCCUCGUGUGCGUGUACAACGUAUCGCAGGACAUCCCGUACGCGAUUCUGCGCGUUCCGAUGAAGUCGACAGCGCAGGACGUGCUGGCGCAGGCCCUCCUGAAGGCGCGCCGGCUCGACAACCCGAACAACUUCGUGCUGGUCGAGGAGCUCAACUUUAGCAACAAAAGCAACGACACGAUGCAGCGCAUCCUGCUGGACGACGAGAACGUGUACGUGACGCAGGCCAACUGGAAGACGAUCGGGCGCUUUGUGAUACACGAGCGCAGCCAGCUGACCCCGUCGACGAUCCGCAAAACGAUCCUGCCGAUCGAGAAGAUCAGCCGCGGGUUCAGCAUCAGCCGCGGGUCGUCCUCGUCGUCCACGUCGGUCCACUCGCUGGCCUCCAAGUCACCGAUCCAGGUCGCACUGAGUGAUCCCACCGCGUCCUCGUCCUCCGGGGGUCGUGGCUUCAAGGCGCGCACCGGCGCCGGCGCCGGCCACGAGCACCACGCGGCCGGGACGGCGGCAAAAUCGGGACGCCACCACGGGCACGGUCGUACCAAGUUUUGCUCGGAAAAGGACACCUCGUUCUCGAGCACGAGCACGGGCAGCGGCACCUCCAAGUCCGCGGCCAACCGGCGCGAGGUCCACUCGGAGGGCGAAACGCUCAGCGACGAGGAAGCGAAGGAGUCGGACAUUAUCUCAACGAUGUCGCGCUUCAAGCGCAUGUCGAUCAAGAAACUCAAGUCCUGGAAGUCCUAA